UUGAGAUGAGGGGAUUGGAGGGUUGCAGCGGUCGGCACGGUGGGAGGAGAUCCAUUGGCAAUUUCCCCUGCUCGUGUGGAAAUUUGGAAAACGACCCUUUACAGGAAACCUUCUCUUCUAAUAUCGCAUGCAGCACGUCCUCAUGCCCCGUCAUCCACCGUCUCACGCCCACCUGUAUCGCCGGAGAUCCCGUUGGAUUUCCACGCCGGGAUCCCUCGAAGACGACCCUCUCCGGGAUCCGGCCCGUGAAGCGGUCGGUUGAAGCUGCAAAGGGAGAUUAUUGAAACAUGAAUGUGGCAGGGAACCUGGGUUUUCUUAAUACCUCAUCUCAUGAAAGAUGUGAAAGCUACAUUGUUUUCCAUGCUGAAACUUCACUUUCAAAAGGAAUACGAGCAUUCUUGUAUUUUGUUGCUCUUGCCUACUGCUUCAUUGGGUUGUCAUCUAUAACUGCUCGUUUUUUCAAAUCGAUGGAGAAUAUUGUUAAGCAUACACGUCAGAUUGUGGAAAUAGAUCCUUCAACAGGCACUGAGUUGAUUAAGUAUGAAAAAGUUUGGAAUUACACUAUAGCAGACAUCACUUUAUUGGCAUUUGGAACAAGCUUUCCGCAGAUAUCUUUAGCAAUAAUCGAUUCAAUCCAAAAUAUUGGUCAGUUGAACGCUGGAGGUUUAGGGCCAGGCACACUUGUUGGUUCUGCUGCAUUUGAUCUAUUUCCUAUCCAUGCUGUUUGCGUGGUAGUCCCAAAAGCAGGUACUUUGAAAAAGAUAUCAGAUAUAGGAGUUUGGCUAGUCGAGCUGUUCUGGUCAUUUUGGGCAUAUGUUUGGCUCUACAUAAUUUUAGAGGUUUGGACACCUACGAUGAUCACUCUUUCUGAGGCUGUGCUAACAGUUUUACAGUUUGGGUUGCUACUGGUUCAUGCAUAUGUUCAAGACAAACAAUGGCCAUAUUUGUCGAUUCCACUUGGAAGAAGUGAUAGGCCAGAAGAAUGGGUCCCAGAAAAUGAAACUUUAUUUAUCAAUGGGCAUGACACACGUGAAUCAAAUGAUAAUUGCUGUGAGAUUCUUCAAGUUAGCGAAGGUCAACAGAGUAAUGUGGUUGAUAUAUUCUCCAUCCAUUCAUCUAAGGACACAGAUUUAGUCUACAAAAUUAUUCCAGAUAAUGAUACGGAAGAACCUUCAGAACUAUAUUGCAACAAGAUGGUUGACAAUAAACAUGAUGUCCUUUCAGUUUGGAUGCAACAAUUUCUUGAUGCACUGAGGUUGGAGAGCACUGAAUCAAAGAAAACGGUCAGUUUCUACUUGUGGAUAGGGAGAGUCCUUUGGAAAUUAAUCCUCAUGCCCUGGAGAUUAUUAUUUGCUUUUGUGCCCCCGUAUCAAAUUGCUCAUGGUUGGAUAGCAUUCAUUGGCUCUCUUUCUUUUAUAAGUGGGAUAGCCUAUGUGGUUACCAAGCUUACAGAAGGAAUAAGUUGUGUGACAGGAAUAAAUCCUUAUGUCAUAGCUUUUACAGCACUAGCAAGUGGAACCUCAUGGCCUGAUUUAGUUGCAAGCAAGAUUGCUGCUGAGCGUCAAAUCACUGCAGAUUCUGCCAUUGCUAACAUCAUUUGCAGCAACUCGGUGAACAUAUAUAUUGGCAUUGGCAUUCCAUGGCUGAUAGACACAACUUACAACUUCUUUGUGUACCAAGAACCACUGUACAUUCAGAACGCAGGAGGCCUAAGCUUCUCCCUGUUGGUAUUCUUCACAACUUCAGCUGGUUGCAUUGCUCUUCUUUUACUUCGACGAAUUACCUUAGGUGCAUAACUCGGUGGACCAAAGUUAUGGGCUUGGUUGACAGCCACAUACUUCAUGUUUCUAUGGCUUGUUUUUGUUGUUUUGUCAUCGCUUAAAGUGUCUGGAAAAAUCUAAACAGAACCAAUGCUGGAGUUUAUGGCUUAUUAGAUUCUCAGGUUUAUACCCUUUCUCGGCUGCUACAGACGCACACGAUUAUGAGAGUUCAUGGGUUCAUAGUAUCUUGGAUUUAUACCCUUGUUAUCUUCUUCUUUGGUUGGCGGGGUAUUAUACAGACAAAGACGUUAAGAGUUUUUUUGGUGUUGAAUUCCAGGUAUCUUUCUUCUCAUUGGGUUGCUGCAUCGAACAGAUAAGAUACUGAAGUUUAUACGAUAUUGGAUCUCAGAUAUUUUUCUUUCUUGUCAGGCUAUAGUGUUGAUGCUCGAUGAAUGACUGUAAAUUUACGGGAUGUCAUCUUUGUUCUUCUUUUUAGCAUUUUUGGGGGUAGUUCAUACAUGGUCUUGUAUUCGGUAAUAUAUAUAUAUAUAUAUAUAUAUAUAUAUAUAUAUAUAUUAAAUCUCUGAAUUAAUUCAUCUCAAUAUGUAGCUUGAUGUUUCUUAAGAGUUCCAUUUUUAUAUUCUUUUUGAGCUUUGAUCCUUGUCACUCCGAACAUUCCUUUAUUUUCACCUUGUACAAUAUAAAACGAUUCAUAUUUAUCUUUCUUAAUCAAGUAUUCUAUUAUUUCAUAUGACUGCAUCGAUAAGGAUGUAUGCAUUUUUCCUGUGGUAUACACGAUGAUGAUCUUAAAUCACGCGAAUGUCCACUCAUUUUAUUAAAAUAAAUAAUUUCCAAUGGAACCCACACUACAGCGCGUGGACCAGCGCCGUUGGAAGCUACGGCGUGGGACUUGAGGGUGGUACACCCAAUAAAGAAAGCGGUUUCGCGAUCCGAUAAUGGACGGUUACGAUGUGGGGAUUCGAGGGUCCGCGAUGGUCGGCAAAGGCGGUGGCGAUCCUUUCAUGUCGUCCUGCUUCUUCCCCACCAACAUCAUCGCCGGAUAUCCAGUCGGACCGAGCUGCGUCACGCCGCGCCGCCUCCCGGGAUCCGACCCGCAACCGGAAUCGAACGCCAACUGAGGCGAGCAACUGCGACGAGUGAGAUGUGUUUCACGUUGCAGAUAUCCUGGUGAUCCCGCGUAGCGUUUUGUUUCUUCAUUCUUUUAUCCGUAGAUCAUUCGAUCGAUUUGAUGGUACGGUGAAGAAUCGAAGGAAUCUCACCCUGGACCUCUAAAUCGAACGCAAGUGAGGCGAGCGAGGAGUGCACAGUGGCCUGGAUGUGUUUCACGUUGCAGAUAUCGUGGUGAAUAAUCGUAGGAAUCACAUCUUGAACCUCUGCAUUGAUCGCACGACCACUGCGGCUGAGUGAGGAGUGCACAGUGGCUUGGGCAGUUGCACUGUUACUUUUAGCAGUUGGUGGUGGUGCCGUUGAUGUCUGAUGAAAAGAGCGAUGAGUAUUGUAAACAUGAGAGUGGAACAAAAAUCACAAUGUUACAAAAUCAUAAUGCUUUUGUAAUGUUUUCCUUCAAGAAUAUUGUUUUCUA